AUGAUUGCCAAGGGCCGCUGGAACGGCGCCAAGGUUGGCCUCUCGCAGGACUGUAACAAUGAGACGCCCGACAUGCUGUGGGACACGGGUGCCCCGGGCACCGUCGGCAACAUCCGCCUUAAGGGCACCAACCUGUGCCUCGACGCUGGCGACUGGGACUCUCGUGGCAAUGGCCGCAGGAUCACCCUUCGCACCUGUGGUGAGGGCGCACGCGGCGCCCAAUCGUGGUGGUACUCCAACAACGGCCGUGUCGAGCUCGCCGGCCCCGUCCCGCGCGCCCACUCGGCCCCUCCCAAGUCUGGCUACUGCCUCGACCUCACUGAUGGCGACCCGAACAAGCAGCUCCAGAUCUGGACCUGCUACGACGGCAACCAGAACCAGGUUUGGGACCUCCCUCCUUGGUGCCGCUUCUGCUAG